AUGCGCUCUCGGUUCGGUAGGUUGCCCUACCCACCGAGGACUGUCAAACAGCCACUGUACAAUAGAGUUUUUAGAUAGUAUAUAUCUAUAUACUAUAUAGAACUUACUUAUAUAGAUAGUAUAUAAGAUCAAUCCACAUUUCAUCUCAACUGUUCUUGGAUCAUUGUUGUUAUUAAUGAAAGGACGUAGCUGAGAUGCGCGACGCGCUGUUAAAGCCCGUCAGACGCUUCCCGUGGGCGACCAAUGUAACCCUGUACGGGUGCCUGUUCGCAGGCGGAGAUUUCGUCCACCAACUCUUCUCGCGUAAAGAACAAGUGGACUGGUAUCACACGAGAAACGUCGCCGUGGUUGCGUUCAGUUUUCAUGGCAACUUCAAUUUCUUUUGGAUGCGCUUUCUGGAGCGACGCUUUCCCGGCAACGCGCUGCGAAUGGUGCUGCGAAAGCUGCUGCUGGACCAGACGCUUGCCGCGCCGCUCGCCAUCAGCGCCUUUUACACAGGUGUGAGCUUUAUGGAGGGCAGAGAUGAGAUCCUAAAGGACUGGAAGGAGAAAUUCCUCAACACAUACAAGACCGGGCUAACCUACUGGCCGUUCAUGCAGUUCCUGAAUUUCAUCCUGGUUCCGCCACUGAUCCGCACUGCGUUCACCGGCUGCUGUGGAUUCAUCUGGGCUACGUUCCUCUGCUUUUCCCACCAGAGCGGAGACGGAACCAUGACGGCAGCUCUGGACUGGAUUCGUGGCGUAGAGCGCAAACCAGAGCAACGGAUCUCAGGAAAGAAGAGGGUUGAAUGAAGCUCAGUGAGGAAAGGAUUUUGAGAUGUUCCUACAGUUCAUAUUUGUAUUUUUAUUCAUCCAUUCUGUUUCUGUUUCUGCAGUGUUUAAAACAUUAGCAGAAACACUGUCACAUUUGGAAAAUCAAUGGAGAUUAUUUGUGACCAGUCCAAAUUUGCUGCAGAUCCACUUUUCCUCUUUUUUUGAGGUUGGCUUUUUAAGUUAAAGCAGUUAUUUUUAAUUCAUCCUGUUAUGUUGGUUUUGUUUGUCUCCAUUUUUGAUUCUGUUGUUCACACACUGUUCCUGGAACAUUUAGUUAUUUUACUAAUAUUUAUUUGUAUAUGUUUGACUGGGGUUUAAUUAGUAUUUUGCACAUUUUUCUUUGUGGAAAUUAAUUUAUUUCAGAAUUUAUUUAGGGCCUGCUGGACCCGGUUGCAUUAAAGGUUACAAAUGAAUGAUCAUUGAGAUUUUUCCUAACUUUUGGGUUUUGUUGCAACCGGCUGCUGAAAUCUGGUCACAUAUUUCUGUUAGACUUUCUUGUGUAUUUGAUGCUUUGUAUAUACCUAAGGUACCUACUAAAAUGAUCUUUAAUUUUAUGAAAACUUGUUUUUAAUGCUUGUAUAUAUUAAUAUUAUUAUUUCUGUAAUAAGCAGCUAAUUCCUUUGAUACAACAUACAUUUUCUUUAUGCUACUUUUAGCCUUUGCUUUCAUCCACCUUAAGGCACUUUUUUGUUUUGCACACCAAUUGUCAGUCUACAGCAAGUUAAGUGGAAUGAAAUUAUUAAACUAUAUUUAAUAGGUUUUACAUAUUGCUGUAUUGGUGCUUGUUUAGCAAACUGUAAAUAUUUUCAACAUAAUGUUUUUUAUUAAAAUAAAUGAUUCAUAUAUGGUGAAUAUAUAUGAUGAAGUAUUCUAUGUUUAAUGUAAUUUCUAUGUUAACAGAAUAAAAUAAUGUGUUCUAAAA